AUGCCUGGAGCAGAAGAACAAAAGCCCCAGUACGGCAAGCGGCUACUAGUCAACAUUGUCGACGAACGGGCGAGGAACGAGCCAGACAGGGAAUGGGUGUCGAUACCCAAUUCAUCCGAUCCCAAGGACGGCUGGAAGACUAUCACCUAUAAGCAAGCCGCCAAUGCCAUCGACCGCGUCGCUCACAAGCUUGUCGACUCCACCGGCCGCCCAGCCAAGAGUGAAUUCCCCACAGUUGCCUACAUUGGUCCCAACGAUGUCCGCUACCUCGUCUUCGUCUUCGGCGCUGUGAAGGCCGGCUACCAAGCUCUGUUUGUUUCCCCACGCAACUCAUCGGAGGGCCAACUCAACUUGUUUGAAAAGACCAACUGUUCGAUCAUCUGGUUUGACGCAGUGUUUCAAAAUGCCGUGCAGUCGUGGGCCCAAAAGCGCGAGAUGCGCACCUUCAUGGCCGAACCCAUCCCAGCUUGGUUCUCUAACGAACCGGUCGAGCCGUUUCCGUACAACAAGACGUUUGACGAAGCCGAGUGGGAACCCUUUGUGGUCCUCCACACGAGCGGGAGCACCGGCUUCCCUAAGCCCGUAGUUGCGAGGCACGGCAUGCUCGCGAUCGGGGACAAGUUCCACAAUUUGGACGAAAAGAACGGCGUGAGGUAUUGGCUCAACGAGAUGGCACGCCGGUCCAAACGACUGUUGUACCCGAUGCCCCUCUUCCACGCUGCUGCGCUUUACCUUUCUAUCCUGAUGAUCCACUAUUGGGAUGUCCCCGCAGCAUUUAGCAUCGGCGACCGGCCGCUUACUCCAGAAUUGGUGACACGAUGCUUGAAAUACGUCGAAGCCGAUGCGGUAGCCCUACCGCCAGCCAUUUUGCAGGAGAUGAGCCAAGUGCCCGAGCAGGUUGAGGCCUUGAAGAAACUCUCCUUCGUGGCCUUUGGGGGUGGAAACCUAUCACCUGAAUCCGGAGACCAGUUGGUCGCCCACGGUGUUCAACUCGUCAACCUCAUCUCUGCCACCGAAUUCGCCCCGUUUCCGAUCUACUGGCCCCAAGAUCCAAAGCUCUGGCGUUACUUCCACGUUGACUCGGAGACUUUUGGGUGUGAAUGGAGAUUGGCCACCGAAGACGGCGCCUACGAACAAGUCAUUGUUCGCAAAGACAAACACCCAGGAUACCAGGGGUUCUUCUACACUUUCCCCGACGCUAAGGAGUACUCCACCAACGACAUAUACAAACCACACCCGACCCUCCCCGAUCACUGGCUGUAUUACGGCCGAGCGGAUAGUAUCAUUGUCUUCUCUAACGGCGAAAAGCUCAACCCGACCUCGAUCGAAGACAUCGUCAGCGGCCACCCCAAGGUUAAAGGCGCCCUGGUGGUUGGUAGCCAGCGGUUCCAGCCCGCACUCAUCCUCGAACCAACAAACAUUCUCAACGGGGCCGAUGAGGUGGAACAGUUCAUUGAGGAUGUGUGGCCGACGGUGGUUACCGCCAACAAGGAGACAGUCGCCCACGGGCAAAUCAGCCGCCCGUUCGUAUCCGUAUCCAAUCCAGAAAAGCCGUUCCUUCGAGCCGGCAAAGGCACCAUUCAGCGGGCGGGCACCGUCCGCCUAUACCAAGAUGAGAUUGACCGGAUCUACACCCAGGCGGAUCAAGUGACGUUUUCUCAGGCCCCCCCGCUUGACCUAAGCUCCAAGGAAUCGUUGACCCGGUCUGUUAUUGCGUUGUUUGAGCAACAGCUCCAUGCACCUGCGCUGGGACCUGAGACGGACUUUUUCUCUGUGGGUGUUGACUCCAUGCAGGUCAUCAACGCGUCUCGCCUCAUCAGGGCUGGACUUGAAGCGCAAGGCGCCGAGGUUCACUCGUCCACCUUUGCCCCACGCAUUAUUUAUGGCAAUCCAACGGCUAGCCGCCUUGCUGGGUACAUCAUCUCCGUGGUGAGCAAGGAUGCACAGAAUACGGAUACCACCGAUGCGAAGGAGGACAUCCACACAGCGGAAGCGAUUUUGCAGAAAUACACGCAAGAUCUACCUCCUCCCCGGGCGGGGAAACCUGAACCUGCUGAUGAGGGUCAAGUCAUCGUGAUUACAGGCACGACGGGUACGCUGGGCUCGUACAUGCUCGACAUUGCCUCGCGGUCGCCGAGGGUCCAGAAGGUCAUCUGUCUCAACCGGUCCGACGAUGCGGAGGCGCGACAGAAGAAGAGUAAUGAAGAACGGGGUCUCCAUACGGACUUCUCCAAGACCAUGUUCCUCCGUGCCGACUUAUCACAGAGCGAACUUGGUAUUGGGAAGGAGAACUUCGAAGAGCUGCUAACCAACGUGGACCGGGUCAUCCAUAAUCAAUGGCCGGUCAACUUCAACAUCCCCGUCGAGUCCUUCGAGCCUCAUAUCCGCGGGGUUCGUAACCUGGCUGACUUCAGCAACAAGGCAUCCAAACAGGUACCCAUUGUGUUUAUCUCGUCCAUCGCGACAGUCACCGGAUGGAAUCAGCCAGGCGACGUCCCGGAACAGUCGUUGAGGGAGAUCGAGAACAGCACGGGAGGCUACGGCCGAUCCAAGCUGGUGAGCAGUCUCAUCCUAGAUGCGGCAAAUAAGAUCUCAGGGGUCCCAGUAGCGGUUCUCCGUGUUGGGCAAGUUGCCGGCCCGAGCGGUGAAAAAGGUGUUUGGAACCGGCAUGAAUGGCUCCCAAGCAUCAUAGCCAGCUCGCAGUACCUUGGUGUACUUCCAGACAGUCUUGGGCUCAGCGAUUUGGUUGACUGGAUACCGAUCGAGGGUAUGGCGAGCGCAGUCUUGGAAUUAUCAGGCAUCAUUAGCCACGCUUCAGUUGAGGAGAUUCACGGAUACUUCCACGGAGUUAACCCACAGCACACACAGUGGAGCGCCCUAGCGGACGCUGUCAAGCAGUUUUAUGGCGGCCGCAUCCAGAAGCUGGUUAGUUUGGAAGAAUGGGUGGACGCCCUGGAAAAGAGUCAACAAAGUACGGAAAACUUCGACAAAAACCCCGGCGUGAAGCUUUUGGACACCUACAAGGCUUGGGUGGCAGCAGCCAAGGCAGGGCACGGACAGGUCGCAUUGGACACGUCUCGUACGACAAGCCGGAGCAAGACCAUGAGAGAGAUGCGGGCGAUUACGCCCGAGCUGAUGAACAAUUGGUGUCGCCAAUGGGGAUUUUAA